GGCGUGGCCCGGGAGGAAGGCGGCCGAGCUGCCAGUCCCGCAGGUCCCCUAGGCCCCUUUCGCUGCGGCCUUUCCCCAACCCGGACACGGCACUUCUCGGGUUCUGCGACUGCCGCUCGCCCCGGCGCGGCACCGCUCCCUCAGGAGUCGCCUAGGCCGCGCAGUCUCCCGACUUCUCGUCAGGCUUUCGCGCCGGCGCUCCAGCAAUCACUGGCUGGAGAAGGUGGGCGUUCCGGCUCGAGAGGACCCUGCCGCGGCCCCGGAAGAGCCUCGUCCUGGGCGGCGGUGGUGCGGCGGUCGCCGUUAUGGCCACUGGGCUGGGCGGCUGACCGCCGGGCUAGGAAAGGGCCCAGGGCCCCGAAUCUCGGUGGCCGCUGCUCCAGCGCGGCCUGCGCCAUGGCCUCCUCCGCCGCCUCCUCGGAGCAUUUCGAGAAGCUGCACGAGAUCUUCCGCGGCCUCCAUGAAGACCUACAAGGGGUGCCCGAGCGGCUGCUGGGGACGGCGGGGACCGAAGAAAAGAAGAAAUUGAUCAGGGAUUUUGAUGAAAAGCAACAGGAAGCAAAUGAAACGCUGGCAGAGAUGGAGGAGGAGCUACGUUAUGCACCCCUGUCUUUCCGAAACCCCAUGAUGUCUAAGCUUCGAAACUACCGGAAGGACCUUGCUAAACUCCAUCGGGAGGUGAGAAGCACACCUUUGACAGCCACACCUGGAGGCCGAGGAGACAUGAAAUAUGGCAUAUAUGCUGUAGAGAAUGAGCAUAUGAAUCGGCUACAGUCUCAAAGGGCAAUGCUUCUGCAGGGCACUGAAAGCCUGAACCGGGCCACCCAAAGUAUUGAACGUUCUCAUCGGAUUGCCACAGAGACUGACCAGAUUGGCUCAGAAAUCAUAGAAGAGCUGGGGGAACAACGAGACCAGUUAGAACGUACCAAGAGUAGACUGGUAAACACAAGUGAAAACUUGAGCAAAAGUCGGAAGAUUCUCCGUUCAAUGUCCAGAAAAGUGACAACCAACAAGCUGCUGCUUUCCAUUAUCAUCUUACUGGAGCUCGCCAUCCUGGGAGGCCUGGUUUACUACAAAUUCUUUCGCAGCCAUUGAACUUCUAUAGGGAAGGGUUUGUGGACCAGAACUUUGACCUUGUGAAUGCAUGAUGUUAGGGAUGUGGAUAGAAUAAGCAUAUUGCUGCUGUGGGCUGACAGUUCAAGGAUGCACUGUAUAGCCAGACUGUGGGAGGAGGGAGGAAAGAUGGAAAACCACUUAAAUGUGAAGGAACAGCAACAAGACCAGUAUGAUAUACCAAGGUAAUAAAUGCUGUUUAUAACUUCUUUAAA